AUGGCACGUGUUUAUUUGGGACGGCUUCCGUUCCGUGCUCGUGAAAGUGACAUUGAAAGAUUUUUCCAAGGCUAUGGCAAGAUCACCGACAUUGCUAUGAAGAGAGGUUUUGCGUUCAUUGAGUUCGAAAGUAAAAGGGAUGCAGAGGAUGCUGUGGACGAAUUGAAUGGACGUUCCAUCUUGGGAGACAGGGGCGCCCUCAUGGAAGUGAUGUAUAUCGCUAUCGUUCUCGCUCACGCUCUCGAGAUCGCAAGCGACGAAGCCGCACUCGCUCUCGAAGCCGAGACCGCAGACGAAGCAGGACGCCAAGGAGAGGACGUAGCCGAUCUCGCAGCCGAAGCGUCUCUCCAAAGCGACGUCGUUCAAGGCGUGAUUCAAGCCGCUCCAGAAGUCGAAGCAGAACUCCCGAGAAGAAACGUCGUUCAAGGCGCCGUAGCAGAACCCCAAAGCGUGAAAAGCGUUCUCCAAAGAGUUCGCCUGAAAAAACUUCGAGCAGAAGCCCUUCACCUAAGAAAGGAAGAAGUCUCAGCAGAUCCGCCUCUCCUGUAG